GGGAACAAAUACAAAGGAAGCAUCUAUAUGGUUUUUGAAUAUAUGGAUCACGAUCUAACUGGGCUGGCAGAUCGUCCUGGCAUGAGAUUCACCGUACCACAAAUAAAGUGUUACAUGAGGCAGCUGUUAACUGGACUACAUUAUUGUCAUGUUAACCAGGUGCUUCAUCGUGACAUCAAAGGAUCUAAUUUACUGAUUGAUAAUGAGGGAAAUCUAAAACUGGCUGAUUUUGGGCUUGCACGCUCAUUUUCUAGUGAUCACAAUGGCAACUUAACUAAUCGUGUAAUAACUUUGUGGUAUAGGCCUCCGGAGUUGCUGCUAGGAGCAACCAAGUAUGGUCCAGCUGUAGACAUGUGGUCUGUUGGUUGUAUUUUUGCAGAGCUUUUACAUGGAAAGCCCAUCUUACCUGGGAAAAAUGAG